UCUUAUUUUCUCUGAAAUUUUAUUCAUUCUUUCAAUUCGUUGGUCAUGGAAACAAGCAGUCAAGUGUCCAGCGCGCUUCAAUAUAUCGAGCAUUAUUUACUCGAUGAGCUUUCUCCUGUGGGAUUGGGCGAGUUUUCCGAUGAGGUAAAACCUCAAGUUUCUACCUCUCUUUACUCCCAAGCUUCCACUUCCGCUUCCUAUCCCACAGAAACUAGUUUUCAUUGCCUCCAAGAUGAUGAUUCUUUCUUUAAAUUUUCUCCCAAUUUCCCGGGAUUCCAGCCUAACGGAACUAGUGUCUCCGAAUUUGAGUCGAAACCUCAAGUUUAUUCGACUUCUAACUCUAAGAUUCGAAAGCUGUCGCUAAAAAUCUCGUUGCCUCGUAAGGUGGAGUGGAUUCAGUUCGAUAAACCGGAUUUAUCUCAACCAGAGCCGAAGAAAUUGGAUUCCGAUGAGAAGAAGCACUACAGAGGAGUUCGACAAAGGCCGUGGGGUAAAUUCGCGGCGGAGAUUCGAGAUCCGACCCGAAGAGGUUCCCGGAUAUGGUUAGGUACCUUUUCCACGGCCAUUGAAGCCGCUAAGGCUUACGACCGAGCCGCUUUUAAGCUACGUGGCGCAAAAGCAAUCCUUAAUUUCCCUCUUGAAGCCGGGAAACUGGAUUCAGGUGCCAUUGACGGAGAGAGGAAACGUAACAGAGAUAACGGCGUAAGAGAAGAAAGACGGGCUAAGGUGGUGAAGAGAGAGAACGAAAACGUGACGAAAGUGAAAGAUAACGGCGAUGUGCCUUUGACGCCGUCAAAUUGGUCUGUGUUUUGGGAUUUGAACAAUGACAUGAAGGAGAUUUUUAACAUGCCACUAAUGUCGCCGUUAGGCUUUUCACAAAUUAUGGUUAUAUGAUGACACGAGUGUUUGAAGUGGAGGGCAUUGGGCGACGUCGAAUUUUUUGGGCUGUAUAUAUUCU